CUGUUCCAACAACCAAAAGUUAUGUUUUCUCAAUAAAAAAUGGUCCAAUAUUAUGUUCUCUACCUCACCUUCUAUUUCUAAUUCCUUGGAGUCCAUAAUGAUGAGUCAUUGAAAUCAAACAUAUGAUCUUAUGGCAUCUUGGGCUAAGAACAAGCUUGCUAAACUCACAACCUACAAAUCCAAUAAUAGACUACUCCUUCCUCCCCUUGAUACUUCUUCUGUUGAGGAAGUUGGUUUAGCAGCUGAUUUAGGAUGUGCCAUGUGCCAAAAGAGGGUGGCUGAUGCAAUUUCAAGAAUUGAUGAUAUUGAAUCUGUUGUGGUGCAUGUUGCAGAGAAGAAAGUGACCCUUACUCGUAAAUCUAGUGCCAAAGGUUCCUCUGCUGCUGCUUCUGCCAAAGCCUCCAGGGUUGCUUUAUUUCCAUUCCAUACAUAAGUUUUGCAUCUUUUGUAUGCAUGUCAUCUGAGAUGGUGUUCAUUCUGGUUAAUUUCAUGCUGUAGAACCUAUUAUGCUAAUGAUGUUGAUAAGCAGCCGAGUAUAAUUCUGCAGAUAAUUACAUAAAUCAAGCAAUGGGCCAUUUCUAUACACAAAACAAGAGGGAUGGUUUCUGUUAUUCAACAAGAAUUGCUACUCAGAAUUUAUGUUGGGAUAUCCCAUGAAAAAUUUCUUUCGAAUAUAUCUAACUCAUCAGUUGCAAUUCCCCAUUUGAGAUCUGCACAUUCCCAAGAAAAAGAUGCUCCCCUCUAGAACUGCACAUUCCAUGAACAAUGUCAACAGAACAAGCCUAGAAUAAUGAGCAAGCUACGCUACAGCCACAACACUAACCAUGCCUUUCCCCUCCACCAACACAUAAAAAAUUUUUGAGAUCAGAUUCCACAUCAAAAAGGGAGAAUUCCCACAAAAUCAACUGCAAUAAAUCUAAUUCGAUGCCUUUUCAUUAAUCAAAUACAGUUAGCUUUUUCUAUUCCAAAAGCAUUUCCUCCGUCUCUAGCAGCCAAUUUGAAGCUGGAGAACAACUUGGGUUAGAGAAGUUUCUCUUUUAUCAUUCCAACCCAUUAGUAAAUCUUCAAAAAAAUUAUCACUAUGCAGUUCUACUGCAUGGUGAUGAGGAUCAACAUCGACUGCAAUGGAUGUUACAGAAAAGUAAGGAGAGCCCUUACUGAUAUACAAGAGUUGGAGACACACUUGAUAGAGCAGAAGCAAAGCAGGGUAAGUGUGUUUGGGAAAUUCAUCCCACAGGAUGUGGCAAUCAAAAUCAGGAACAGGACUAACCGCUGAGAUAUUGGAGAUACAAGAGUUGGUCACCACCGCCACCACCACCAAAACAAUCAAGGGCAUAGAAUCCUCAUCAGGUCAAGUUCUUGGAAUCUUUUACCAAACAAAACCCAGAUAGCAUCUUUUGUAACACGAUGAGAAGGAAACCUGUAGAUUUCAUACCAGAUGAACAGGGUACUAAUACAUGUACCGCUAUAUUCUUCAUCAGUUCAUAUUCCUGAUAUACAAGAUUUGUCUGAACCCAUUUCAAUAACAUUUAUCUUAUGCAUAUAUUCUACCUAA